CCAGUUUUUCACUCUGCAAAACCCUAGUCUGACUUAGAUAUAAAAACGAAACAAACGGUGCCUCCAUUCUUCAGUUUGCAGAAUCAGCUUUGAACGCCGAAGAAGGUUCAUCCAAUCCCCGAAGCCCUUCACCGCAUUGCAACCAUGUCGAGGAGAAAGGUCAGAGAGCCAAAGGAAGAAAACGUGACUCUGGGCCCAGCUGUUAGAGAUGGUGAACAUGUCUUUGGCGUCGCUCGCAUCUUUGCCUCCUUCAAUGAUACCUUCAUUCAUGUCACUGAUUUGUCUGGGAGGGAAACGCUUGUCCGCAUCACUGGUGGAAUGAAGGUUAAGGCUGACAGAGAUGAAUCAUCUCCUUAUGCUGCUAUGCUUGCAGCUCAGGAUGUUGCUGCCAGAUGCAAGGAACUUGGCAUAACUGCUCUUCAUAUCAAGCUCCGUGCCACUGGUGGAAACAAGACAAAGACACCUGGUCCUGGUGCUCAAUCAGCUCUUCGUGCCCUUGCUCGUUCAGGAAUGAAAAUUGGUCGUAUAGAGGAUGUGACUCCCAUUCCUUCGGAUAGCACUCGUAGAAAGAGUGGUAGAAGGGGUAGAAGGCUUUAAACUUCUUGUGGUAUGUGUCUGGAGUUGCUAUAUUUUAAUUUCCAUGCUAGACAGAAUUGUGGCAUUUUGAAAUUUUGCUUAAUUUAAUAUCCGAACUUCUAUUGUAUUUCUUGAGGUUUUUAACAGAAUUUAGUUGAGACAUUUAGACAUCAUUGUUAAAAGAGAUUGUUGAAAGUUUUGCAUGUUGCUUCGUGGCUUGCAAAGUUGCUAAUCAUCUACUUUUGAUAAAA